GCGAAUUCUAUCCGUCCACCUAUACCUAUCUUUCUAUUCUUCAUUAUUAGCCAAAUAAAAAAUUUUAAUUAAAGAAACGGGGAAUUUUUGGUGUUUUUGCAAUCUUAAUCCAGGCCAGUAUAGAAAUCUACUAGAAGGCAAGUCAAAGCAUACUAAUGGUUGGGCAAGAUUGCUUGGUCUGGAUAAUUUCACUUUGAACUGAUAGCUUCUUUGGGCAGCAGCAGCAGAGGCAGCUCCAUUUCUCUCAAACACUAAAACAGAGAGGUAGGGAGAAAUGCAGAUUCUUUCUGCUGUGUCUGGUGGCAGUCUCCAACUCCAAGUAAAGGUUAAUGCAAAUCAAGCUCCCUUGAAGCUGAACCAGAUCGAACAAGUACAAAAAAUACAUUUCAAGAACUUGGCUCCACCUCUAGUUGCUGCACUCGUAGCCUUAUCUCCCAUCUGCAACACCUCAGCUCUUGCACAAACAGUAGAUAUACAGAGAGGAGCCACAUUGUUUGGACAGGCUUGUAUCGGGUGUCAUGAUGGAGGUGGAAACAUAAUUCAACCGGGGGCAACACUCUUUACAAAGGACCUACAAAGAAAUGGAGUUGACACUGAAGAAGCCAUAUACCGUGUUACAUACUUUGGCAAAGGAAGAAUGCCUGGGUUUGGUGAGAGCUGCACUCCGAGGGGACAAUGCACGUUUGGGCCACGUCUGAAGGAAGAUGAAAUCAGGCUCCUGGCCGAGUUUGUGAAGUUACAGGCUGAUCAAGGGUGGCCGAAUAAAUCAAGUAAUGAGGAUUGAUUUCCGGCUUAAAAAUAGAACCAAAAAAAAAAAGGCAAUUAAUAAGGUUGUUGCUUCAUGUUUAACUCUAACCAUUGAAAGAAAUUUAAAAUGCUAAGAAUAACUUUCCUUGAGUUUUUGUAACGAAUACAUUGAUUUACAAGAUAGAUUAAUUAGAAUCAUCCAGUUAAAGAAUUGACAAAGGAGAUUCCACCCAAG